GGAGGUCAACCCUUCGUGCAGCUCUGACUCGGGCUGAGAACCUUACUCAGAGAAAGACAAGCCCGACUCAGAGCUCCCUUGCUGGGCCACUGCAACUGUGCCGACGGCAGUACCAGAGUGGCUGUGGGUAGAGGGCAGGGGUGGGAAAAAAGAGAGAGGAAGCUUGCUUUUGAAAUCCCGAGUUGGUUUCCCUGGGCUGGGCUGCCCAGAAACAACUUCACCAGGCAAAAGAGCAUGCAAUUGAUGAGCCUGAUUGACCUAUACAGGGUUCUGGGAAACGAGGUGUAGGAAGAGUCCCUAGGCACCCACUGAGGAGCCUGGGGACAGGGAGCAGAACAGCGUGGAGCCCAUCAGCUCCCUGUCCGCUGUGUGGGCUCACCACACAAUUCUGUCUUGCAUGAGGAGUUGCUGGAGGUGGUUUCUUGGUUAUCCACAUCGCUAGAAUGGAGAGAGCCGAGGCUGUCGCCGUCUUCUGGAGCCGGGGAGCUGCAGCUAACUCGGGUCGGGAAAAUGCGACAGCGACUGCCCACUCGAGGUCGUCAUGGCGACAGCCAGUGAACGUGUUCCUCUCCUCGGGCAGGCCCCCGAGCGUAGAGGAGCUGCUUCGAGAGGCGCAGCUCAAUCUUCAGAGCCUGUUGCAAGAAGAAUAUGAGCAACAGUACUCAGAGGCCAGACUUCUGGGGCAGACUUUCCGCUCUUCUGAUGAGGUCCCUGAGCCCACCCCCAGCCCAAGCUCCCAGGCUGCCAGGCGUCUGCAGUUUGUAUUGAUGCCUACAAAACGGCAGCUGAGUGAGGAUGAGACUACCACCCAGGGUGUGAGGGCUCCCGAGGCCUCCCUGAGCCUGUCUACCACAACCGACAAGCAAACUGCCUGGAAUGGCCCCUUCCCUCUACCCAUCCUAGAGGAGAAGUGGUGGCCUCAGCCCUGCUCCACGCACUCAGAUCUUGUGCCCAUCAACAUCUCUGGGCAGCAGUUUGAUAAACACGCAAGUUUGCGACACUCGUUGUUUAACACAGAGACAGCCAUCAACCCCAAGUCCACCCUGAGGCGGAGGCGGACCAUUAUUGGAGUCUCUAACUUUUCCCAGCGAGACCAAGGUCACAGCAACAGCCCAGCAGACAGUGUGGCCCACUCCACCCCCUCAGAUAUAAGGCUCAGUCACUCACUUCCAGAAGGUUUUCAUGGAAGAGUUGCAGUUGGUCAGGAAACUCGGUUCCCAAAUCUCACCUCACGAGUACUGAGAACACCUUCAAGUGAGCCAGAAGAGCCUUCCCAGGCACGUAGUGGCCCUAGCCCUCCUGGCAUGGAGAGCAUGGGAGUGGUAUACAGUGUCCCAGGUUCUUGCAAUGGACCAGCAGAGCCAACAUUCUCCACUUCCUGGAAGGGAGAGGCCUUGACCUACAUGACACCAAGUGCUACCACCGAGAGCAAUCAAGUCGAUGAAAAUGGGAAAACUCCUUCCUCGGGGAAGCUGUGGGUCUCUCUGAACACACUCCCACCUCUGGUUCCUAAGGAGGCUGCUACCCUCUUUGUUGCUCGUGAUAACCCCACAGGAUGCAGCAGGUCAGCUGGCUACUCUGAGCACCCUACUCAACAAAGACCAGUCCCAGAAAGGCCUUCCAAGAUGGGCCUUCUGACCCGUGGUACUUCAAGGCUGGAGACCAGCUCUGGGGGGGCCAGCAGGUUUCGGGAGCGGUCACUGUCUGUGCCCACAGAUUCAGGCACCACAGAUGUCGACUGUGCCGAGGAGCAGAAGGCCCAUGAGGCCUGUGCCCUGCCUUAUGCCAGUACAAGCCCAGAGGGCAGUACCAGUGCUGACAACAUUGCUUCCCUUAGCACUGAACAGGAAACUCAGCACAGAAGGCACAGAUCUAAGAGUAUCUCACUCAAGAAGGCCAAAAAGAAGCCUUGCCCACCAACACGCAGUGUAUCGCUGCUCAAAGAUGAGCCAGUCCUCUUGUCAGAAGGAGGGUCAGUGCUACCUAAGGACAACAGGCCCAGGAGCCUGUGCCUCUCCUUGGAUCAAGGACAUCCCUCGUCCCACCCAGAUGCUCAGGGCCAACCAGCUGUGCCAACCCUCAAAGAUCCAGAAGGUACACAAUUCUCCCACCACUGGUAUCUUACCGACUGGAAGUCUGGUGACACGUACCAAUCCUUGUCCAGCUCCAGCACUGCCACUGGCACCACCGUCAUUGAGUGCACCCAAGUUCAGGGCAGCUCAGAAUCUCUGGCUUCCCCUUCUACCUCCAGAGCCACCACACCUUCCCAACUCUCCAUUGAGGUGGAGGCAAGGGAGGUGUCCUCUCCAGGAAGGCCCACUGGACUGAUGUCACCCUCCAGUGGAUACUCCAGCCAGUCAGAGACACCAACACCCACGGUCUCCAUGUCCUUAAUGCUGGGCCACUUACCUACUGCAAGCAGCAGUGUCCGGGUACGUCCAGUGGUACCUGAGAGGAAAUCAUCACUACCCCCGACAUCACCCAUGGAGAAACUUUCCAAGUCACAGCUGUCAUUUGACCUACCUUUGGCUUCUUCUACCAAUAUAGAUCUGUCUGGGAUGAGUAUUUCCCUCAGAAGCAAAACCAAGGUGAGCCGGCAUCACUCAGACACAAAUUUUGGGGCAAAAUUGGCCCAGAAGACCAGUCCCAACCAGCCAAUCAUGCCCAUGGUUACUCAGUCUGACCUGCGUUCUGUUCGCCUGAGGUCAGUCAGCAAGUCUGAGCCGGAAGAUGACAUUGAGAGCCCUGACUAUGCCGAGGAACCUGGAGCGGAAGAACUCUUCAGUUUGCCAGAGAAAAAGGUGAAACCUCCUGUGGCUGAAAAGCCUCCGCUGGCCCGAAGGCUUCCAAGCUUGGUGCACAAGCCACCAUCUGUCCCCGAGGAGUACCCACUGACUUUACCCUCCCUGGCUAUGACCUCCAAGAGCUCAGCUCCACAUGUCAGGCCACACCCCCAGGAUAGCCACACGGUGAUGCGUAAGCCAAAGGCCUGCAGUUUGCCUGAUGCCAGAAGCCCAGGGGAGUCCGCAGCACCCUCAUCUCUUGUCUUUACACCUUUCACCAGUUCCUCUGGUGCUUUGUUCUCAGGAAUGCAGCAAUGUCCCCGGGGAAGUCUGGAGGAUGAGAGCUCCAAGAGGAGAGCCCUGCCUGAAAGAAUUAGCCUCCAGAGCCAGGAAGAAGCUGAGAAAAAGAAAGGCAAGAUCCCACCUCCCGUACCAAAAAAGCCCAGUGUGCUGUACCUGCCUCUCACCUCGCAGAUAACACAAAUGGACACCUACCUGGCAGACACGAGGCUACCCCUGAGCCCCAUCAUCACGCUGGAGGAAGAUGCCAAGUGUCCCCCCAUCAGCGACGAGCUGCGAUCACCUGGCAAAAGGAUGGCUUCAACGCCACAAGCUGACAGCGAAAAGGAGGCAAGCCCUCUGGGGCGAUCUGAAGAACCGAGUAUCGAAGAAAAAAGUUUGAUCAGUGAUAAAACAGCCGAAUGGAUUGCAGAGGAUGAUGAUGAUGUGUUUGUGACUUCACGCACAACUGAAGAUUUAUUUACUGUGAUACACAGGUCCAAAAGAAAGCUGCUCGGCUGGAAGGAGCCAGGUGAGGCCUUUGCCAGCAAUAGACCUAGCCCCCACUCACCAGUAAAGAACACAGCUGAGUCUCCUACCAGCGAGCCUGCUGCCGUCGUGGGCCCAAGCAACAGUGCCAGCCUAGAUGCUGGCAGAAACGAUGAUUUCAAGGCUCUGCUCCAGAAGAAGGGAAGUAAGGCAACCCCACGGUCUCGCCCUUCAGCAGCUGAACUGCUGAAGACCACCAACCCACUGGCUCGGAGAAUUAUUGCACAAUUUUCAAAAGACUAUGAAACCACUGACAACCCUAGCACCUAGACCCUGGGGUCGACAAGCAGGGUUUCCUUACUAAACUUGAGUAGAGAUGGGAAAGCGAAAGGGUUUUGAAAAAGAACCAUGGACAUAGCAAAGGAGCCUACAUUUCUUUUACAUUAGCUCACACCCUGGACAGCAGGAGAGAGGCCAUUGCAUCUAGAGCUGACCUCAGCAUGCAUCUGAAUCGCCUGCAGACACUGCAUUUUCAUACUUACAAUCUUGCCAUGACUGAAUGAAUACGAAGCUUCAUCUUUUCCCUUCUAACGGUGUGCAUUAACUUCAAAAAAAUGUUCUUUGAGAGGGCAUAUGUGCCGCCUUUCCAAACAAUGACCCAGCUGCUCCAGUUCUGACUCCUGGAUGAGAAGAUUGGGGGCUGCUUACACCCAGGAAGCAGAAGGUGCCACCAUUGCUGAUUAUUCACUUUCCAGGGGAAGUCUUGAUGGCCUAGUGUAGAGAUACAGAGAGACUAAUGUCUCCUUAACCACAGUUUUACUUUCCCCAAUGAGCAAUGGGCAGGUGUGCACUUGUUUUGGCAUGGGGUUUAUUGGUUGGCCUUUGUGGAGCAAGAUAUGAAUGUGACUGUCCUGAAACAUCAUGCCUUUUGCAGUUUGAUUGUCUACACGGAGAUCAGGGUGAUGAGUUGUAAUAAACACAAAAACGACACACACACCCCCUUUCAGCUAAAAAGGAGACUAAUUGCAUGGAUGAACCAAGCUCAGCCAACAAACCAGGCAACCAUUCAUCCAUUCAGAUCUAGCCAAGGUAACUCAUACAUUCGUCUUGUGAUCCUUCAAGUGUCUGUCAAGAAUCACAGGAUCUGUGCCCAGCUCGUGCUGCAUUCUAAGAACUCUCAUUUCGUUUGCAUAUAAUAUUCAUUACAGAAGGUAAUUAGCUGAAGAACAACAUCAUCAAAGGUUCAGAGGAGAAAAAGAAAAAAAAAAUCUUGCCCCCCCACCAGCCUGUUCAGCUCAUAGUUGGUGGCUGAUUUGGUUUUAUUUGAAGGAAAUCUGAUUCUGUUUGAAAAACCAAGAACAUACAGACUUUUUUUAGUCUAUCCAAAUCUAAAACACAGCCUUGCAAGUUACUAUGGCCCAUGACAUGAAAAAGGGCUAUUUUUUGCCCAUUUGGUUCUGUAUUUUGACCAGUUUUCAGUUAGCAUGCUGGGGGAGAGUAAGAACUUGGGUAAACGGGAUGCUGAAAGUACUCCAGAACAAUCACCCUCCCUCUCCCAAGCUAAUGGGCACCGAAUAUUCUCGUCAACUCAGUUUUUCUAGUCAGAACAAGAGGAGUGAUUCCUUUAAUUUUCAUAUACCCAACUUCUAGGAGGUUAGGGAUAAGAAGACCAAUGACAGGAAGUUAACUGUCUACUGUUUCCUAAGAAGCAAAGAGAAAAGAACCUGCUUCACCAUGAAUGAUCCUCCUCUCCUUCCUCCUUUAUGCCAUAGCUGACAUAUUGAUUGAUUAAUCAACCUCCUGAAGGAUGCAGUAAGAGUUCCAGAGACAAGUAGGUCUCAAUUUUGAUAGAUCACACUACUCACCAAUGAGAAGCAAGCAACACUCCACCUGGACAGAGAGGAGAAAAAUCAUGUUAAGUACUAAGAAGACUUGAGCCUCUCAUGUAUAAACAUGAGGCUAAGGCCUGGGUUGGUGCAGUUCUGAAUUCUAGACUUCCGGGUACAGGCCAGACUCACCAACUCCCUUGCAGUCAGUGCUUCCCUCUGGUUUAGAUAGAAGCCACUUAAAAGAGUAAACAGCUAGAAUAAGCCCAGUUGCUUUUGAAAAUAUUGGAACUACUUACAUUUUCCUGAAGCAAAACAAAUUACCUUUUGGCUUAAUUUAUAUAGGAGUGCCACACUUGUCUGCCCUGAACUCAGAAUUCUAAAAGGUGUAAACGUUUUCCUCUAAGGGAAAUAAAGGAGUGUUUGUGCUUUUGCCUAGGAAAAGAGAAAAGUUACCAGAGUUUGGUCCUUGGGAACCAUUUUGAAUAGCUGAACUCUAAAAUUGAGUACGAGAUUCACACAGUACAGGACUUAUUACUUCUGCUAAAUUUUCUGGAAGCUUCUUGUUUUGCUACUUCUAAUGGGUUUUGCCUCUCCCCUCACCUUGCUACCUCUGGAGGUUUUCCCAAGAUUCUAAAGCUGAAUAUCCUGAUACCUUUAUGUUUUUCAGUGACCUUGUUUUUCACUUUCCUCAACAAUACUCCAUAGGUCUGGAACUAUUAAAACAACUUCUGCAUCAUCAUUAUCAGUUUGGUCCUCAAAUGCCCAGUACUGUUCCUAUUAGCACAAGAAAAAGAUUUGGGGCAAAAAUUGUAUGAGUAGAAAUAACGUUCAAGACUGGACAUUUACUCAAUAUUCUACAACAGGUGUACCCGGUCCCAGACAAACAAUCAAAAUAAUGAUUGAAAAAUUUUAAAUAUGGAAUACGUAAGAGAUCUGAGUAAAAUGAAGUUGACCCCAGGAGUCAGUUUCCAUUUCAACUCAUUGCUAGCCCUCUUUUUCCCUCUAGUCCAACCCAAAGCAACAGGUCGCUCCGUGAAGCUAAUUUCAGUCAAGGAAGGAGAAAGAGUCAAGAAAGUAUCUAAGGAUGCUUUGCGUGUGGUGGAUGUUGGUUUCAAAUGUGGUUCAGAUGUGAAAGGUAGAGAGCAAAUGUUGCUGAUAUCUUUCCUCUGUUGCCUCCAUUACUUCAUUUACCUGGGUCACCCACUGGGCCCCAAUCUGUCCUUCAGCCCCAGCUCUCAUGAACUGUAUCCCUAAGCCAACAGCUUGUCUAGAAAGGAGGCAAGACAUCAGGCAGCAAAAUAGUUCAUAUUAACUUCAGCAAUACACAUUGAUCAUUUGACAUCCAUUUUAACCAACGCAGAUCCAAUGUGAUCUUACUGUGCUUUCAGCCUGAACGCAUCUUCCCAACCACUUGCCCCCUCCUCAAAUCUGUACCAGUCAGGAAAUAUAUGAGUUCAUGCCUACUCCUCUGUUCCUCAUUGGUCCAGCCUUCCAUUAUUGCCAGGUCUGUGUGUGACACAGUGGCAAGCUUUCACUUGAAUAUGAUUUUCGAGGGCCAGGACUAGGGCAAGGUGAGCAAGGCACUUAGGUGCCAAAGUCAAGGAAGUGCCCGUUCUCAGGGCCAUGCAAGUGCCUUACCCUCGUCCCGGCCCUAUGGUUUGCACUCUACAAAGUUAAAUCAGUUUAUCUUCUCCCUGUGAACGAGUGUGGCUCUUCUGAUUUGAGAGGGUAACUUCCUCUCUGUUGCACCAAAUGCUUUAGUACUAUCUAUUUUUCCAUUACUAUAAAUCUUUGUAUGCCUAUGCAUUAAGUACUCUUCAGUGCUAUCAGAAACAUAGUUGAUUUAACAUGCUCCAAGUGGCAAGUUAGAACCCCUAUCAGUUGGGAUGUGCACAAGGACAGCCCUUCAGUGACACUGAGCGAGCUGGAGGGCUGUCACUACCAUCCAUUAUCUCCUCUUUCCUUUGCAUCCCUCCAAAAUUUCACUUCCCAGCACCAACUCUCCGAGUGCCUCCUGCUCUGUUGCCCUCCUAUCUAAAAAAAAUGUUCUCAGGAAAGGGAUAAAUUCACCUACUUUGAGAUUAUAGGCUUAAUGCUACCUCUUUUGAGGAUCACUCACAUUUUUAACAGGGAAAAAGCCUUAAGCCAAAGGAAUGAAGUUCUAUUUGCAGAAUGUUAGGCAUCACCUAGUUGUAGAAGUGUCUUUCACCAUGGAAAGAUUAAAAUUCCCUGACAACUCCAGAAUACAGAAAAUAGCUUAAUCUCUUGGAAUCAUUUUUGCUACUAACUAAUGGUCGAUUAUGUUGUCCUGAUACUCAGUGCUAUUCAAUGGUUACUACCAAGGCACUCUCAGAAAUGGCAACUAAAAGCCACUGAGAAGGCCUAGAUCAUUUGUACAUUAACAGUUUCAAACAAAUGAAACAAUGCUACUCACCAUUUGGGGAAAAAAAACAUAAGGAUUAAAGAGUUUGUGCAAAUGUGUCCUGUUUGUGAAGGGUGAAACUGUCCACGUAAGUCGUUCAGUGUUGAUGGUACAACUUCACUAAUUCGAGCCUCUGCUUCCCCCCUCCUUUAUCUCUGUUUUGUGCCAUCACUUUAGCUUGGGUUGAGAACCUAUCUAUAUCACUGUACCCUAGUCCUCCAAAGCCUUUGCAUGUACUUCAGCUAUGAGUCAUGAAAAUACUAGGCAUUUGAAAGGAUGAGGGAGAAAGAGGUGCAAAGAAGUGCCUUUGUCAAAGGGCAGCACAAAGUAUAAAUGAUUUAACAAUGAUAUGAAAUAAGCAAAGUUUUAGAAUACUAUGAAAUAGAUUUAUAGAGGUCUGCAGUAGUAAAUGAUUAUAGGCAUAUAUUUAGGGUGUUUCAAUAAGUUUAGCAAAAAGAAAUUUGCAUGAAUAAUGGGUUAUGUCAAAUAGGUGUAUACUUUUGUUCAGUAAUGCCCGCUAGACCAGUGGAUUUCAAAGUGUGGUCCCAAGAGCAGCAACAGCAGCAUCCUUGGAGUGUGUGUGUAUGUGUGUGUGUUUCGGUGAUGUCACUCCCUGGCUCACUUCAGUCACGAUUGUCCAACUGCUCCUUACUUUUCUAGUUGUUUCAGUUGUCAUUACCAUGAUCAGUCCCUGGCCAGGAGAUGCUUCCUGUCACCUUGACCAGUGUUAAAAAUUAUCAGUCUGAAUCUACUAUUUAUCUUUAGUUUGAUUCAACUGGAAUAUUUGGAAAAAGAUGUUUAACUCACAAAUUUAAAAAUGAAGAUAUUAGGUUUGCUUGGCAUUGCCAACUCUGAAAUACCUAUUCUCUAGGAGGUAUAGACAAAGUAUAUUUUGUUUUAAGAUUUUACAUAAAUAAUGAAAUUUGAUUAAAAAAUGAACGCCCCCAAACAUAAUCUGAACCAAAAUGAGCAGUUAACCUCCCUCAGCCCCUUUGUAAUGUCAAGCUUUAUAGAAAUGUAUUCCUUACGUGGUCUUAAGCUUUUUUAAUGUUCAAUUUUAUAAAAUGUUCUGCAUGCCAACAUAGCAUCGUAUUCAUUGUACAGUCACCUCAAACACAUUCCUUCCUCUGUGUGUAUGAUGAUGAAGAAAUAUCUAUAUGUAUGUUCUGAAGUCUCCUGAUGGAUUGUAAAUUACAAAUCGUUUGAUUAAUUUUUAAAUGAGAUAUAUUUACUCUGCUUAGUAGUUAAAAUUUUAUUCUUUUUAUUAUAUUUCAUUGCUACAUUUUUCUACUGCCUCCAAAGGUUACUUUGGAGAAUAUUUUUUAUUCCUAGAUUGUUCUAUUUAUCUUAUUUCUAUAUUUAUCUAGAGUCACAAAAUGUUAGCACUGAGAGAGACCAGCCUUCCUCACCUCAUAGAUGAGGAAAUUGGGGCCCAGGGGAGCAGAUAACUUCAGUGAGAUCACAUAGUGCAGCAAUGGCAGGUCCCUCCGUUCUUUGGGGUCUCCUGCCUUUGGGCUCAGUGUUUGCUGGUUGAAAACCCUGUAUUUACAGAAGCCCACAGCUGGUUUCUACUCUUACAACACAUUCCCAGAUAGUUCAGCGAACUAAAAUACAUGCUUUAAGGGGAAAAAAACGCUCAAGAAUUAUUUAAUUCGUGAGCCCAAAGACAAGCCUGAUUUUCAAUUUAGAAGCACUCGUUUCCCUCCACAUUGAAUGUAUUUGCCUUAACUUAUGUAAUGGAUGUUUUUCCUUAAAAGUUGCAUGCAGAUUAAUUUUGUGGCCAAAUUCCAUUUUUAGAAGGCAAGUUUGCUAUGUAAGAGAAUCUUCUGGUGACUUCUUUCGAAAAACUAGGAUUCCUCUUAUCAUCUCUUAAUAGCUCCACUUCUUUUGUGUGUGUGAAGUUUAUAAUUUGGUUAUCAUUUAAAGUAGGACCAACCAAAUUAUGUUUUCUAUUUUCUACUUUUAACAUUCCCUUUUCAAUUCUUCUGGGAAAUUUUCAGACUGUUAAGUGCUUUUGAGAUAUUCAGUUGUGUGCUAGAACUUUUCCUGGCUUGAUAUUCUGUUGGUCCCUGGGCUCAACCUCCAU